UGGUCGUGGAGGAAUUCCGCAGAUAGAAGCGAGGCGCCGUAGAGAGCCAAAGGAGUUAAACCGAGAGGCGUUAAAAAAGAUUCACUCACUGGAAUUCAUUAAUCUCCGCGUGUAGCGAGCGAAUACUAUUCGACACUUGCGCCGAACAUGAGCGCUAUCGAACAUGACUUCAAUAAGGUCCAAGGUCUUCACACAGACUUUUCUACCAACCAGGUAAGGAAGCUGCUUAGCUGGUGAAGCAUCCAUUAGAAUGUCAUACGCCGACCGAACGCUCCACCAACCCCUGCCAGAGUCAACAGAACACAACUUUGAUUGUUUAAACAUCGUGUGACAUAGAAUCAUACGUUCGAUCUUGCCUGAAUCUCCUCAUGAGGGCUCCUAAGGACCUUGAACGAAGACCUUAGCAAGUCGUGGCCCCAACACCCCGAGUGGCGCGAUAUCAAUUCAUCCAACGUUCAACAUACAAAUUUCGCGAAGCGUUGAGGUCGCACCUGAAUGGACAGUGCCGCUUCCGUCGAUGACUUCGUGAAAGAAAACGGGGUUGACAAAGCGGAAGGCAACAGGACUUGGGCUUACGAAUACCAAUACUUCCGCGAGGCUCCGCUUACUCUGAAAGAAGACCGAUGACCUCCAAGCCCCAACACCUUCGACACCUUUCGAAACCGACGGUUCCGUGUUCUAAACAAUGAUGGAAUAUGAUCAGGAACGCGAAUCUUUUGGUUACGACCCCGAAUCUCGCCUUGCGUUGGCGAGUAUCGUCUUGUCUCAUCCCAACAGAAACGGCAACAAUGAUGAUGCGCUGUAGGACCUGGAUUGCAUAUAUAAGUGCAGCCCAGACGAGCUCACAAACCCGAUGUCUUUACUCCUCAGCAAGCAUCUCCGGAUACAAAUCAAUUCCGUCGAAGACCUUUCACCGCCGAGCACCACCUUAGCAACAUGAACGCGUUCACACCCGCACCAAACUACAUGAUGAACGAAAGCCGAACAAACAGUGUAUCUAGCUCCGGCUCCUCUCUCAAGGAGCGAGCAAGCCAAACGCUCCACACUCUCAGCGAGCACAACAACAGAAUUCUGCGCAAGCUGGGUCUGCAGCCCGACAGACCAAACCGUGUAUCUUCGGCCGUUGAGUACGGAACUCCGGUGACAUUGGGCUACUGAGAGCGAGGACAGGGACACAACAUGUCGUUGGAUGGACGCUGUGGUGUAGAGAGUAAAGCUCUUCAGGUAGACGAGAGAGCAGCAUUUCGAGAUUAGAAUGCAUGGAAUGGGAAGAACAAAACAAGCAUAUUUCUGCCAGGUGAUCGGCAUCUCGCGACUUGGUUUUCAAUGCAUAACUCGUGUCUCUCACGCAGGGCCAGUGUACAUACGUGAUCGCAUUUGCCGGUUUCGGUGUUCAUGACAGUUGGAUGAUUGAUCUCGUG